AUGUCGCAUCCAUGGCACCACCCUCCUCUCUUCGACCGCAAAAACCCUUCCGCGCUUCGGGACUUCGGCCGCUGCCGCUUCGUCUGCACCGCCGCCGCCGUCCCCCUCUCCGCGCCCUCCGCGCAACCUCCCGCGCGGAGCUCCUCCGCGGAAUCCGCCUCUGCCUCCGCCGCCGCCUCGAUAUCCUCGAGCACGGCGUCCGCCAGCGAUCUCAUCGCGGAGCGGGAGCGGCGGACGCGGGUUCGACACCUCGUGAGCGCGGAACCGGCGCUGACGGCGCUGACUGAGCCGCUAGCCGCAGGCUGCCCCGCGCGCGGUUUUCUCCCGCAAACGGCCGUUUUAGGCGGAAGCAGUCGGAGCGAGGAACUAAACAUGGACUUAUUAAGCAGCGCGCCGUUAGAGGCGCUCGAAAUUGGACCGCAGGCGUAUCGUCGGCGCGUGGGUGACGUGUACGAUGUUAUUCCGGUGCUCGCGAUUCCGGUAAAGGCUCCUAGUGGUUGGGAUGCGGAAUCGGUGGUUUCUGAUUCGACGAGCGUCGCUGGUGGCGACGAUUCGGCUGCUGCUGGCGGUGCGAGGAAUCGCGUCGCGUGUUGGUGGCGAUUGGUUGUUGUCGCCGCUGACGAUUUGAUGGCGACGAACGACGAAUUGUUACAGCGAUGGUUCGCGAACACGGAUAACACGCGGAAGUUCGCCGUCUGGGUGAAGAAUGCUCACCCCGGUAGCAAGUUGAAGCUGCACGGGAUGACGAUUGGAGCGAAGGAGAGGGACGAAGGGAAGCGCGUAGUAGCGGAUGCGCAUCGCUCGUGGCAGCUACAGUUCGCGGAUGGUUACCCUAUUUGUCGCUGCUCCUCGCUGCCACACAAACAGCAGCAGCAGCAGCAGGAGCAGCAGAAGCUGACAGGCGGUACAGUGUCCAAACCUGCACGUUCGGCGAAACCUAGGUCGUUGAAUUUAGGUUUGGUAAAGCCAAAAUCCGCGGGGCAGAAUGUCCGCCGGCCAAGCUUUGAUUUUGGUUCGGAUAUAGGGAUGGCAUCAGGGGGAAUGGGGGUAACAGGGGAAACAGCAGGAUCAGGGGAGGAGCAACGUCAGGGGGGAGGGGAGGUCAAAUUGGAAAAGAAGCGAUUUCUUGGUGCUUUAAAAGGGAUUGGGCAGGCUAAAGACAAGGAUGGUCACAAUGGGAAGGAGGCAGAUUUCGGUUCGGAGAAUGAACGGCUGGAUUGCAACGGUGGAGCGUCGAAUGAUGUGCUUGGUAACCAGCUCGAUCUAAGUGGUAACCAGCUUGGUCCCACUGGUAACAUGAACAGUAACAGUGGCGGAAGCACUGUAUGCGAUUCUGCUGCUGCCAGUGGUUCAAAAGGGGGGAAGGUGAAGCAGCGCAAGAAGCUGUUUAACCGAUCAAGAUCUGACAUGGGAGCAUCACAGGACCUCACACGGUCCGGACUGAGGGCAUGGAAAGCCAAAGGAGGAAGAGGAGAGCGAGAGGGGGGAGGGGGAGGAGGUGUAGGGGGAUUUCGGCCUUUGGACAUUGGUGGUGCUGGUGGUGCUGCUGCUGGUGGUGUUCCUUAUUCCCUCUCCACCUCUGUCCUUACUCCAACUCUCUCCACCUCUUCCACUGUCUCCCCUUCCCGAGAAUCGCCUGCUGUUGCUCCCCAGAAGAUGAGGAAAGCAAAGAGUGUUGGGAAGGCUUUAGAUGGGAUAGAGAGCGGUGGAGUAGGAAGUGGUGGAGUGGGAAGUGGUGGAGUGAGAAGCAGUGGAGUGAGAAGCGGUGGAGUGGCUGGUGAGAAGGAGGAAGAUGGUAUCAGUGAUUGCCCUUCCUCGGCUUCUGUUCUCUCUGAUGCUGCUACUAGUGCGAACGGCUUUGCAUCAGGCCGAAGGGUUGUGAAGCUUAAGAAAGGAGGCAGGAGCAAGAGCAGCUCAGAGGGGUGUAGAGUGGUGACUCUAGGUGAGGAGGGGAAAGGGGUUGUAGGUAAGGAAGGGGGGAGGGAGGAGGUGGGUCAAUCCAAGGCGUUCAAAUAG